UGUACUAUCCUAUGUUUGUCAUUGUACUAUCCUAUUUCGAAAAAAAUCUCUAAAGUUUAAUGUGUGACCUAUUAUCUACUCGGCCUGUCUGAUGAUUCUAUUCAGCAUAGUGACUAGUGAGGUCUUCCAAAUUUAUUGACAACAGUGUGUACAAUAUAGAUUAUAAAACGGCUUGUUCAUAUUUGUAUUGAUUUAGGGUAAUAAUCAGAGCACAACACAUCAUACCUCUCUGUGUGAGUUGAUAGUAGACGAUGACAUGGUGAUUGCAUUGCAGUCAUGUGGUGAAAUGUUUGACAGUGUGGAGAAGUUAUCUAUCUACAUCUCGCAUAAAUCCGGGUUAGACUUCAUCCAAAGCAUACAUGGGUUCCAAGGAGUUACAGAGCUAUCCAUCGUUGGCAGACCCAGUCUCAUGCCUUACCCGGUCAAAGAUGAGCCCAGCACAAUGUUCAAGCACCUCGUGAGGGUCUUCCCUCAACUAAUCAAGCUGACAUUCAAAAUUCCCCUGGGCAAUGCAACCCUCAAACAGAUCUUGGAAUCACUGAGAGAGACUCGAGUCCUCAGAGAAUUGAAGAGCGUAAGAUUUUUUCAGGCGAGUUGGGAGGCUAAUACUGUAGGCCGGGAUGAACUGCUUUCCCUCAGAGACAAAAUCAACAACGAGAAAGUCUUCAGAGUAGAGGUGGAGUAUAGACCAGUUGACUCAUACGACUACUUCGACAUUUCAUAUUCAGACGAAGAGUCAGAUGAGACACCAGAAGAGGAACUAGGCGAUCUAAACCUGUCUGACUACGAGGAAGGCGGAGAUUGACAAAAGGAUGAAGAGCCUGGCGAAGAUUCAGAUUAUGAAACAUAUAGUUGGAUGAAUAUGGAUGUCGACGCUAUUAGGCUUGAGGGAGAUGAAGGCUCCAAUGACGAUGACGAGCCUGAGGAUGAAGGCAAUGACUCUGAUAUCGAGUCUAAUGAGCAUUCAGUUGAAGAAUCUGGAGAUGAUUGCGAUAACGAGUCUGACGAACAUUCAUUUCAUGAGUCAGUUGACGAGUUGGAUUAUGAGUCAGGUGACGAGUUGGAUGAUGAGUCAGGCGACGAGUUGGAUGAUGAGUCAGGUAAUGAGUUGGAUGAUGAGUCAGGUGACGGGUUGGAUGAUGAGUCAGGUGACGGGUUUGAUGAUGAUCCUCAGCGUGCUCCUGGCGAGUCCGAUG